UAUUGAAAAUCAACCGAAAUCGAGGUAGAAAUGUCAGCCAACAUUGCUGCUGCAGCUGCAGCCGCACAGGAAGUGGACCCCGUGCUUAAAAAGGCCGUAAAGCUGCUGCAUUCCAGCAAUCCGACGUCUGCAGCGGAACUGCGACUCCUCCUGGACGAGGCGCUAAAGCUGCGCUUUGGACCAGAGAAGCUUAUAUCGAACAACUUGACCCAACGAAUGAUGGAGGAUGAGACCAACUUUCCGGGACGUGCGACCACACCACAGCCUCAGCAACCGAUAUUGGGUAGCGACGAGAUUAUCAAUCUGACCAACUCACCGGACAAACCGCCCUCAGACUCGCCCGACACUAUAAUGGACUCAGAUGAUGGCAUGAGUGGUGCCGGAGUAGCCAUCACUGGAGUAGUCAACACCGGCGAUACGGGCGACUUUGGCGAUUUGAAUUGUUGUGUCUGCGGUGAAAUAGUGUUCACUGCCAACAACCGACUCAUAGAGUGUUCCAAGUGCGGAGCACUUUAUCACCAGGAUUGCCACAAGCCGCCCAUUACCAAUGAAGAGGCUGCCGACGAUCAAGAGCACAACUGGCAGUGCGACACGUGCUGCGACAAGCCUACAACGAGCAAGGCGGCACUGACAUGUUCAGCCCCCACGGUCAUCAUUCCCGACGAGCCGAUGCCCCUUGUCAGCAAAUCUAAAUCAUCGGUGGCUUCAUCACGUUCAUCUAACUCUUCCAAUUCCUCAUCCCCCUUCUAUAAGCCAGAGGCGGGCAGCUCAACGAAUGCAAGCAGUAGUAGCAGCAGUAAGCAUGGACAUAAGACCUCGUCCUCCUCAUCCUCAUCAAAGUCGCACAAGGAGGAACGUGUCGGAAAAUCAGUGGCGCCAGCUUUGAGUGUUAUUAGUGUGCCUGAAAAACAUACCAGCUCAUCCUCUCGACGCACUUCUUCCACCAGCAACAAAACGAGCUCCGCCAAAACAAGCUCCUCCACAUCCAAGCACCACGAGAGCAGCAGCAAACGCAGAUCGAAGCAGUAACACGCGUUAAAAUUUUAUAAAUAAACGAAAUUAAUUGUAUGAAAAACUUUAUUUUAUUAACUUAAAGAAAGUAAAUAAGUAGAAAUGUAAAAAUAAACGAUUUGGUCCUUGGCAAUGGAAUCCAACCAACCGUA